UCUCAAUUUUUUACUGAUGACGAUUGUCGACUGUUCCGAUCUGAAUUUUGCAGAAGUAAUUAGUUAAUGGAAAUAUAGGGGCUAGAUUGAAAAACAACAAUGGAUUCUGCCAGGGUUUUGCUCCUUCUUGGAGCUUUUUGUGCUUUAGCCGCUGCCUCUAAACUCGGAGAAAAGAUCACUGUUCAUGGAUCAGAGAAAGAGACAGACGAAAAAACAAAGAAUUUUAAAAGGAUGAUCGCUCCCGGAUACUACUCACAGGAAUGCAAUGUUCACAAGCCAUGUCCAGAUGCGAACAAAUACUGCCACAUGUUUUUAUGUGUCGAUUGCCUGAAGGAAAACGUUGCCUGCACGCAGAACGGACAAUGCUGCCCUGGAACAGAAUGCACAUACGGUAGAUGUAAGAAGGGUUCCAGCAAAGGAAAGCAAGGAACAUUCUGUGAUCGACAAAAGGAUUGCGUUGGUGCCAACCUGUGUUGUGUACGUGAACCAGCUAUCAACCCUGUUAUCAGCAUUUGCAAGCCAGCUUUGGAUGAACAUCAGACCUGUGGACCUUACAAUCAAUUCAGAACCGUCUACAUCGGAGGUACAGUGCAGCCUGUUUGCGGUCCAUGCAAGCAAGGACUUGUUUGCAAGCAAGUAGGAAUCUUUGGAGUCCACGAAAUCUGCUUGCCAUCAGGUGGCAAGGGCAAGAAGUAAGCCGUCAAAAAAAUCUUUCGGACAUGUUCUCGUCCACACUUAAGGAUAACAAACUAUUUUCAUAUUGAAUAAAUAAAUGGAAGGUAAUUUUACCACCUGCCACUCUAGCUUAAAAAAACAGGAUUAAAACUGGCCCCUAUGCCCUUUCAUUUCAACCGAAUGCAUUGAAUUCGUUUUAUGCUUGUACAGCAGUUAGUUCCUGGUUUGGAUUAUAUUUUGCUACUUGUACCUAAAAACCGUUCUCAAAUAAAGAUUUUUUUACCUUAAAACAAUGCUUUUUUGUAUCGACAUUUGUUGAAUAUUACUAUACCCAAAACCCCUUAUCCAACAUCUCUUCAACAAAUAAAAAAUAUCAUAAGUAUAAAAAAUUUAAAAUAUAAGCUUAAGUUGGGAUGUUCUAGACAUUGUAUAUUCAUAACACUGUUGCAGGAAAUGACAGACCAGUUAGAACCAUUUACUUCUCCCAAUAAAUUUCAAAUCAUUUCACUCAGAAAUCCCCAAAGACAAGAAGUGCUUUUUAAAACAACUUUGUGUGUUAAAUGUAACGUUACUUUGCUACUUUGAUGUAUUUGACUGCAAUGGUUGAUUGUUUUUGACCAAGGGAAAUGUUGUGUAAAAAGUCGUUAUGAUAAA